AUGCCGCCACUAAAGAAGAGAAGGCUCAGCGUUGAGGAGCCUACCUCAAGCCCUACAAAGGAAGAUGUGUCUUCAAGUUCGGAAGACAGCGCAGAGGGCAGUGGUCACGAGGAGACCCUGGUGAAACCGUCCAGACCAAGCACAUUCAAAGAGUUGGGUAUAAUCGAUUCCCUUUGCGAGGCAUGUGAAGCCCUAGGUUACAAAAUGCCAACUCCGAUUCAAGCCGAAUCCAUACCAUUAGCAUUGGAAGGCCGAGAUCUCAUAGGACUUGCGGAGACUGGAAGUGGAAAGACGGCCGCCUUUGUCCUCCCUAUCCUACAAGCCUUGAUGGACAAGCCACAGCAACUACAUUCAUUGAUACUGGCGCCAACAAGAGAACUGGCAUACCAAAUAUCCCAAGCUGUGGAGGCUUUAGGGUCAUUAAUCGCAGUGCGCUGCGCAGUCUUGGUAGGCGGCAUGGACAUGAUUCCACAGUCGAUUGCGCUGGGGAAGAAGCCUCAUGUCGUCGUGGCUACGCCUGGAAGAUUGUUAGACCAUUUGGAGAACACAAAGGGAUUCUCUCUCCGACAGCUGAAGUAUUUGGUUAUGGACGAAGCCGAUCGGUUGCUCGAUCUCGAUUUUGGACCCAUUCUGGAUAAGAUAUUGAAGAUUUUGCCAAAAGAAGGUCGAAAAACAUACCUAUUCUCCGCUACCAUGUCGAGUAAGGUAGAGUCCCUCCAAAGAGCCUCGUUGACCAAUCCUCUCCGAGUCGCAGUCUCUCAGGACAAAUACCAGACAGUCUCCACUCUGCUGCAGUCGUAUGUCUUCAUCCCACAUAAGCACAAGGAUCUCUAUCUCAUACAUCUCCUGAACGAACUGGCGGGCCAGACUGGAAUCAUCUUCACGCGAACAGUCAACGAAGCACAACGGCUUUCAAUUUUGCUGCGAAUGCUAGGGUUUUCAGCAGUGCCUAUUCAUGGUCAACUAUCGCAACAGGCUCGCUUAGCGGCACUGAACAAGUUUCGUGCAAAAUCACGGAAUCUACUUGUCGCUUCAGACGUCGCUUCUCGAGGACUCGAUAUUCCUUCGGUCGAUCUUGUGGUAAACUUUGACCUGCCCCAUGACAGCAAGACCUACAUUCACCGGGUCGGACGUACGGCUCGAGCAGGAAAAAGUGGUAAGGCAGUAUCCUUCGUUACACAGUACGAUGUUGAGCUGUGGAUGAGAAUAGAGGGGGCGCUGGGCAAGAAGCUACAGGAGUAUGAAACAGUCAAAGAGGAAGUUAUGGUUUUGGCUGAACGUGUUGGAGACGCUCAGAGAGCUGCUGCAAUGGAAAUGAAGGCGUUACAUGAAGAUCGAGGGAAGAAGGGUGCAACCCUACGACAUACGCGUGGUAAAAGCGGUACUGGAAAGCGUGGACGUGACAAUAUGGAUCAAGAUGAAGGCUGA